AUGUCGAAUUCCACUAAAACGCGCGAUUCCGCUCUCAAUGCCAUUAAACGGUAUAUGGCAAAAAGUAUUGACGAGGCAUUCACUAUGGAUGCAGAAAAUAUUGCAAGCUACCUUCAGUUAUUGAGUGAACAGUGGGUUCGUUUUAACGUUGCUCAAGACGCUGUAGAAAUUACGUGUGGUGCCGAUGUUAUUGAAAUUGAAGAAAAUGUGCGUAUCCAAGCCGAAACUUGGUACUCUACAGCUUCAGCUAACUUUAGCCGCGUGAAAAAUUGUCGUACUAAUUCGCAAGAUAGCUCCACAAAGGCAUCUGUGUCCACGGUUAUACGUUUACCGAAAAUGGAGUUGCCCACAUUCUCCGGUGACUCUACAGAAUGGAUUGGUUUUUUCGACGCGUUUUCUUCGUUAGUUGAUAAUAACUCUGCUUUAACAGAUGGACAAAAGUUGCACUAUCUCCGAAGCUGCUUGAAAGGUGACGCGUUGAAAAUUAUCAGUGGUUUUAAAAUAUGUGACGCAAAUUACGUUGAAGCUUGGGGUCUAUUAACAUCGCGGUAUAAGGUUAUUCGUGUAAUUGUGGAAUCUCAUCUUCGCGCGUUGGCUGAAAUUAAAAGAGCUACGCAUGACAAUGCUGACGCAAUCAAAGGUGUAAUUGAUGCGUUCCAACAGCAUAUUCGCGAGCUUAAAGCGUUGGGUCGUCCGAUUGAGUUUUGGGAUGAUUGGUUGGUACAUGAGGUCGUCAGUAAGUUGGCAUUCGAAACGCGUAAGCAGUGGGAGUUAUCGCUCGUUAGUGAUGAUCCUCCAUCUUUUGAGCAACUAAUAACAUUUUUAGAGAUAAGAUGCCGAUCGUUAUCGAUGUUUUCGUCGUCAACAACAUCAGUACCAAUUAAGGUUAAAACUGCAUCAUCAAGCAAGUCGACAAAUGUGUUCCACACGGUAUCAAAACAAAGUAACGUGUGUGCAUAUUGUAGUGGACCUCAUAAAAUUUACAGUUGUGAAAAAUUUCGUGAAUUGGACUUGUCUACAAAAUCACAGUUCGUGAAGCAAGGACACAUAUGCUUCAACUGCUUAAGUUCAGGUCACUAUAAAGACCGUUGUAACAGUGCUUCCACUUGCCGCAUGUGUAAACAACGUCAUCACACUCUGCUGCACGGUGCCUUGCAGUCAACGACCGUUACCGCAGUGAACAAUUACAUCGGCAACGCGACGCAUUCGUUAUGCGCUGCUGACGCCACAUCAAAGGUAUGCGCAAAAGCUUUUGAACUUCCAGCAAACGUCGACGUUCCACGCGUUUCUUCAUGCUUGAACUCGAGCUCCAAUCCACCCAUAGCUGUAGAAAGAGUUGUGCUGUUAUCCACCGCAUUAGUGAAGGUACGCGACUGUUCUGGUAAUUGGCAGCCCGCACGUGCACUUUUCGAUUCUGGAUCACAUGCUUCCUUUGUAACCGAAGCGUGUGUGCAACGCUUAGGCCUGCCGCGAUCAACAUCUGAAGUUAACAUUACUGGAAUUGGGUCAGCGCAAGGAGGACGAGCUAGAGGUGAAGUAUCACUUUCGCUUUCUUCUUUCUCUACAAAUCAAUGCUUUACUGUCAAAACGUUAAUUCUGUCUAAAAUUACAAGCGACUUGCCAACACAGACUAUAGCUACUUCAUCGUGGCCACAUAUCCGAGGUUUGUUUUUAGCCGAUCCCCAUUUUAUGAAGCCUGGACGGGUCGAUAUAUUGAUUGGAAUGGACGUUAUGGAUCAACUGAUCUGUACAGAACUUCGUAAGGGUCCAUCUGGAGCUCCUAUGGCUCAACUGACGGUCUUUGGGUGGACUCUGUUUGGAAGCGUGAAUGGAGCUGAGCCUGAUAUGCCACGCUUACAGUCGUUACAUUGCGAUGUUCAUUUGGAUCGAGCAUUGAACAAGUUAUGGGAGUUAGAGGAAGCUCCGCAAAAAACGUAUCUUACGCAUGAGGAGCGUUACUGUGAAGACCAUUUUGAAACAACGCAUCGAAGGGAACCUAACGGACGGUUUGUCGUCGAAUUGCCGCUGAAGCCCGAUGUAGCUCUGGGAGAGUCGCGAAACUUUGCUAUCCGGAAUUUGUUACGACUUGAAAGAAGACUCGCUUGUGACUCCGAUCUUCGUUUACGCUACAAUGAAUUCAUGAAUGAACUCAUUGACAUGAAACAUAUGCAGGUCACGUCAGAGACUAUGAAUCCAACGUAUUAUAUGCCUCAUCAUCCUGUUUUAAAGGAAAGUAGUACCACGACCAAAUUGAGGGUUGUAUUUAACGCGUCCGCAAAAUCAACUUCCGGAAAUUCGCUGAAUGACGCAUUAUUUAUAGGACCCCAAUUGCAGGAAGAUUUAUACUCCAUCUUACUUCGCUUUAGAACACACCGCUAUGCUGUAACAGCAGAUGUCGCCAAAAUGUAUCGUCAAAUCUGCGUAUCCUUAAAACACGCCGAUUUGCAACGCAUCGUAUGGCGUAGCCACCCAUCCCUGCCUAUCCAAGAUUUUCGCAUGGUUCGCGUAACGUACGGAGUGGCAGCUGCAUCUCAUCUAGCUGUCCGAUCACUUCAACAGACGGCAAGAGAUUCGUCGAAUGGUUGUGCUAUGGCUGUUAGUGUUAUUCUCAAGGAUUUUUACAUGGAUGAUCUACUUACUGGUGCAUCUAGUAAAGAAGAACUUCGAUUGUUGCAGCAAAAUAUUUCCGAAAUAUUGAGGGAAGGGGGGUUUGAACUUCGUAAGUGGGCAUCGAACUGCGCUGAGCUAAUCGCAAGCAUUUCUAAUGCAUCUACGAACAUAUCACAUUAUAUUGUCGACGAUAAGGAUGUUCACGCUUUAGGUCUUAUCUGGAACACAGAAGGAGACUAUCUCACGUUUGCUAUUAACUUGAGGGAACCGCCAGUUAAGUUGACCAAGCGCAUGUUUCUAUCAGAUGCAAGUACGCUCUUCGAUCCUCUGGGCCUGCUUGCUCCCGCUACUAUAAAUUCAAAAAUUUGGUUUCAAGACAUAUGGCGCACUAAGGUAGGUUGGGAUGAUAUCAUUCCUGAGUCUAUCGCAACGAAGUGGUUGGAGCAUCGCAUAGAACUCAAGAAACUGGCACAUUUGAAGGUGAAACGUUGGUUUGGUACUGAAGUAGCUGGGUCAUUUACGCAAUUGCAGGUAUUCGCAGACGCGUCCGAGCGGGCUUACGCCGCCGUUUUGUAUGCACGAACAACACAAAGCGACGGUAGCAUUAUUGUGUCAUUAAUUUCGUCGAAAACCAAGGUAGCUCCGCUUAAGCCGACAACGUUGCCACGUCUUGAAUUAUGCGCCGCUCAUCUUGCUGCUAAACUAGUGCGAAGCGUGCUGCACUGCUGGUCUGAUCUUCGUUAUCCGCUUUUCGCUUGGACUGACUCUACUAUAACAUUGGCAUGGUUACAAGCUCACCCCAGCAGAUGGGUGACAUUUAUAGCCAACCGCGUCGCUGAUAUUCAAGAAGUUUUGCCUCCCGAAUGUUGGAACCACGUUCGUUCUGAACAGAAUCCUGCAGAUUGUGCUUCAAGAGGUAUAACUCCCUCCGAAUUAUUACGUCAUCAAUUGUGGUGGGCUGGUCCUAUUUUCCUGAAAAGCACUGAACAAUUGUGGAAGCAGAAAAAAUCUAAAGAGCACAUUACAGAGCUGGGCAUACGAAAGAGUAUUCGUGCCCAUGUGAUUAAUUCUACAGAUCAUUGCGCUAAAAGACCAAUCCCACUUCGCAGUAGUCUUUUGCGUCUGCAGCCCUUUCUGGAUGGGACUUGUGUUCUACGUGUUGGAGGAAGAAUAAAAAACGAUGAAAUCGCUCCAGAUGUUAGGCAUCCCAUUAUCUUGCCUAAGAAUUGUCCGCUUGCUAAGUUAAUAAUCUGCGAAAUACACAAGGUCACUUUGCACGCUGGGCCCCGCAUUAUGCAAACUGUCUUACAACGUCGUUAUUGGGUUAUCGGCGCUCGUAGCUUGAUCCGUAAUAUAUACCAUAAGUGCGUGAAAUGCACUUAUUUGAACCGCAAUCUUACCACACAAGUCAUGGGUGAUCUACCUGUCAUUCGUACAACCUACGCUCGUUGUUUUACUCACACUGCUGUUGACUUCGCUGGACCUUACCUCUACAAAUUCACCCAAGGAAGAGGAGCUAAGGCUACCAAAGGCUACAUUUGUUCGUUCAUUUGUAUGUGCACUGGUGCGAUGCAUCUCGAAUUUGUUGGUGACCUGUCAACACCAGCUUUCCUAAAUGCGUUUAAAAGGUUCACCAAUCGUCGAGGAUUUUGUAAGGUCAUGGCAUCAGAUAACGGUACAAAUUUCGUUGGAGCCGAGAAGGAGUUGCGCAUUGCAUUUCAACAGUGCAUGGCUGAUAUUAAACUUCGCUCUUUCUUUGCGGACUCGAAUAUCGAAUGGCGAUUUAAUCCACCGGCUGCACCCCAUAUGGGAGGUUACUGGGAGACCGGAGUCAAACGUGUUAAGUAUCAUUUAAAACGCGUAUUAGGAGAAGUUCCACUAUCAUACGAAGAGUUCAACACACUUUUGACUGAAAUAGAAGCUUGCGUAAACUCUCGUCCACUCUGUGACAACUCUGAAGCUGCUGGUGACUUAGAAGUUUUAACUCCCGGACAUUUCAUAGUCGGUGAACCGCUGAAGUCAAUACCGGAACCUGAGGGUCAAGGGUUUCGUGGAAAUCUUCGACAGCGAUGGCAAGCAAUUUCUGCCAUGAGACAACAUUUCUGGCGUCGUUGGAGAGACGAGUACCUCGUGAGCUUACAACGUCGCACUAAAUGGUUUCGUUCUUCACGCAACAUUGAAGAAGGGGAUGUGGUUGCUGUAUUCAACGAGCCUAAUCCUCCGACGAAGUGGACGAUUGCACGAGUGAUCAAAUGCCAUCAUGGCACCGAUGGACGCGUAAGAGUAGUUACGUUGAAAACACCGCAUGGCGAAUUGGUUCGCCCUAUAGUCAAACUUUGCCUUUUGCCAACGAGAGGAGAUUUAUUUCAUGAAGAAACUAAUAACUUAUCGUAA